AGAAUCUUCAUAAUUUAAUUGAUCCUCCAUAAAAAAAUCGCUAGGGUUUUCUUCCAUACACAAUCAGACUCAACCAACCGGAGAAGAGAUUCCGAUAGGAUGAUGACUUACGAAGGUAACGGAGAUGGCGUCGCUGUCUCCACCGAAAACCACAACGAGAAUUACAUGUCUCUGGGGAGCUCGCCUUUUCAGUCCCUUGGUGGCGACGAUGGUCAUGAAGACUCCAAGUCUCGACAGGAAUCUCAUGAUCUUGAAAAGGAAUCUUCGAAAAUCAGUGAGAAAGACAGAGACAAAGAUCGUGAGAAGGAUCGUGACAGGGAGAAGAGCAGAGACAGAGAUAGGGAGAAGAGCAGAGACAGAGAUAGGGAGAAAAGCAGAGAUAGGGAUAGGGAGAGAAGUAAGGAUAGGGAACGAGACCGACAUCAUAGAGAUCGUCAUAGGGACCGUAGCAGAGAACGUGAGAGAGAUGAUUUGGAUGAUGAUGAUCAUCAUCACAGAAGUCGAGACCGUGACAGGAGAAGGUCUCGCGAUCGAGACAGAGAGGUGAGACACAGGCGACGGUCACGCUCUCGGUCAAGGAGCCGCUCUGAACGUAGGUCAAGGUCAGAACAUAGGCAUAAGUCUGAACAUAGAUCACGUUCACGCUCACAGUCGCGAUCAAGGUCAAAAAGCAAGAGGAGAAGUGGAUUUGAUAUGGCGCCUCCUGAUAUGUUAGCUGCUACUGCUGUUGCUGCAGCAGUUUGGAAAGAUCAUAGUCAAUUUCACGGUGUGACUUUGUUGCCCCACUGUGCUGACAAUGAGCCGACCUCUCUAGCUUUAAUUGUACAAGGAGGAAUCAGUGCAACGGUUGUCAUGGGCCAGGUUCCUAGUGUGCCAACUACUGCUACUAUUCCAGGGAUGUUCCCAAACAUGUUCCCAAUGGUCCCUGGUCAGCAACUGGGCGCACUUCCUGUACUGCCAGUUCAGGCAAUGACUCAGCAGGCAACUAGGCAUGCUCGGCGAGUCUAUGUUGGUGGCCUUCCACCAACUGCAAAUGAACAGUCGGUGGCAACGUUCUUUAGCCAAGUGAUGUCGGCCAUUGGGGGAAACACUGCUGGCCCAGGUGAUGCGGUGGUCAAUGUUUAUAUAAACCACGAAAAGAAGUUCGCUUUUGUAGAGAUGAGAUCUGUUGAGGAGGCUAGUAACGCAAUGGCAUUAGACGGCAUUAUAUUAGAGGGAGUUCCUGUAAAGGUAAGGAGGCCAACUGACUAUAACCCGUCCCUUGCUGCAACUCUUGGUCCGAGUCAGCCUAACCCCAACCUCAACUUGGCGGCUGUUGGAUUGUCUUCGGGGUCUACUGGUGGGCUUGAGGGUCCCGACCGCAUUUUUGUGGGCGGGCUUCCCUAUUACUUCACAGAGGUUCAAAUCAGGGAGCUCUUGGAGUCUUUUGGGCCCCUAAGAGGUUUCAACUUGGUCAAAGACAGGGAAACUGGAAAUUCGAAGGGAUAUGCAUUCUGUGUUUACCAAGAUCCGUCAGUAACUGAUAUUGCAUGUGCCGCUCUAAACGGGAUUAAGAUGGGUGAUAAGACACUUACAGUUAGGCGUGCAAUCCAGGGUGUGAUUCAACCUAAACCCGAGCAAGAAGAAGUCUUACUUCAUGCCCAACAACAGAUUGCUUUGCAGAGGCUUAUGUUACAACCAGGAGGCACUCCCACCAAGAUUGUCUGUUUGACUCAAGUGGUUACAGCUGAUGAUCUUAGAGACGAUGAAGAAUAUGCAGACAUAAUGGAGGACAUGAGACAAGAAGGUGGAAAAUUCGGUAACUUAGUGAAUGUUGUGAUUCCAAGGCCCAAUCCAGAUCAUGAUCCAACACCAGGAGUUGGGAAGGUUUUCUUAGAGUAUGCGGAUGUGGAUGGCUCAUCAAAGGCCAGAUCAGGGAUGAACGGAAGAAAAUUUGGAGGAAACCAAGUGGUGGCUGUGUAUUACCCUGAAGACAAGUAUUUGCAAGGCGACUACGAAGACUGAGCUAGAUAUCGUUCUUUUCUUAAGCUUUAGUGUGGACCUCUUAGCAACAAGUUUGGAUCUUUUUGUUAAUUUUAUUUUCUACAUGUUAAGGUCGCUCUACUUAAUGGAGAUAUUUGUUUCUCUAGAAUCUGAGUGCAAUAGUAGUUGUCCAGGCACAAUCAAGGUGUGUGUUGGUA